GUUCGCAGGCUAUCAGGCGGAAGACUGUAACGAUACGUAAGUUAUUUCUUCCAAUUCUUCAACACUUUUUUCAGAAACAACUCGAUGUAGUAAUGAUUUUUGAACAGUGAGCUAGACCCUGAAGCCUAAAGCCUAAGUCAGAAGUGACCCGUAUCUGUAUUUUACGAAACGAGCGCUGAGUACGUGACUGACAUUUGCGUGACUACCUUACUUCUUUCGUUACCAAGGCGAAAAAGGCGAACGAUGUUGCAUUUCAUUGCAUUGCCUUGUGAAGAAAAAGAAUCUUGUUCGUUCCGCAGCAGAAACAAUAAGGUAACGAUCGAUAUUACAGGUUUAGUUGUCUUCCGUCAAUAAAACUGAAAAGAAGAAGUCUUAUCGCACAGAGGAAUCUGACUGUUUUGAUGCUUUCGUUUCGUUUCGGUUCGUUUCGCAAUAUACAGUAAGCCCGUUACGACCCCGAGGUUGUCCUUUAUAACGAAAGUCGUCUGUAUUAAAUUAUCACCGGUUUUUAUUGAUUACGUGGAUAAUGAUGACUUUGGUGUCGAAAUUUUCACCUUUUUCGUGUCUAAACUCAAUAACCGAUUAAGUGCAGAAACAAAGCAAUGGUCAGACUACGAUGGCGUUACACUUUCAUGUGCAUAAUUAUAUACCUCUGCAUGAAUAUUUGUCUCGCGAUUACUUACGUCACGACAUUGUUGUCUAACAAUGGCGUCGCUCGAAACAGUUUCGGCGACUGGAGAGGUUUCGUCGCAUUUUGACGAACUUCUUAGAGACAUUUCAAGUGAACUAAGCCCCGAAGAACUUGAACACGCCGUAUCAUUAAUCAAAAGCAAUUUUAAAGGCAUAUUUGAGAAUCAAGAAAAGCAAGAUUUGUAUUCAUGUCUGUGUUUAUUCGCAAAUCAAGGUCUCGUGUCGGGGGACAAUCUAACUUUGUUGAAGUUUCUUACUUCAAAAACAUCCAAGAAUGAGAGAAUCCAAGAAAAGAUUCAAGGUUUCAAAGCAAUCCGCCAGCGAGAAAAAGAGAAAAAAGACGAACUGACUGGAAGAUUUAACGACUUGAAGCAAGUUAUGGCAAAGCUAACGACAGGAAGUUCGAGUGUUGUCAAUUUGUACGGAUCGAGUGGCGUGGGCAAGACAACCCUUGCCAAAGAAACCUUAUCUAAGUGGCCAGGGAGGAAAUUUAAAGUCGACUUGAGAGGAAUAAAUGAGAUGAAAAGCGUUCACUUCCACGUCCUGAACGCAUUAACGAUAUCGGAGCAAACAGUGUUAAUCUUCGAAGCAAAUCCAGUCAUUGCUCGAAUGGAACAACUGAAACGAGACAGCCAAAGCGACAUCUUGUUACUUCUGGACAAUGUUGAUCAAUUUGCAGGAGAAGAUGGAGAGGCUGCCUCGGACCUGAACGCCAAAUUUGUUACGUUUCUUCGGAGUCUUCUUGGUUCCAAGGCUGAUGGAGAACACUCGAAAGUGAAGAUUUUGUUGACUUCGAGAAUAACACUUCGUCACGGCGACACCCUGGAUGUCGAUAACUUCGAGGUAAAGGCUUUGGACAACACGGUCUCAAGUUCACUACUUCAAACGCUUGGAAAUCUUAGCGUCGAAAAAGAUCAAAGAGAGAAGCUUGUAGAAAUGUGCCGAGGGAAUCCUCUUAUCCUGAACGGAGUUGCCGCUAUCUUAAGGCAGGAAAUCGCUGAUGAUAAAGCGCUUCUCGAGACCAUAGACCAAGACCUAGUGACCGAGCCUUCGGAAACGGGAUUACCAUCUACAGAGGAUUCACAGGUUACGCAGAAGAAGAAGGUAGAGAUUGACAAAGAUCAAGAAAACUUCUUGAAAACAAUCUUUUUCUUCCUGCCGAGUGAAAGGCUACAAGAGAGUGCCGUUUCUCUGUCGUUAUUCUGUCGCUCUUUCUCCGUUGAAGCAGCUGCUACCAUUCUCGGGUUGGACUCUUCGGAGGCUGUUAUACAGCUGGAGGGUUUGCGAAACAGCAAAAUCAUAUCGGUUGAUCCAGAGGCGAAGGUCCUUUCCUACGACAUUCACCCACUGAUGAGAGAAGUUUUACGAAGCAUCGGUGACAGCAACGUUUUCAUCAAAGUUUACCAGAAAGCAAAGGACCGGUUUUGUAGCCUUUUCAUGUUCCACAUAAAGCAGAUCUCAGCUAUUUUGGACGAAAACUACAUCGACGCCUUCAACAGGUUUGACCUUGACAAACCUAACUUUGAGCUUGCCUUGAAUAUCUCACUGAAGUCAGACCACCUCCUCAUUCCAGAAGAACAUCAUGGAAGUGUUAUGAUUUCUUAUCUUUUUGAGGCCAUGCUUGAUGAAAAACAGAGAAGAAGCAUUUUCAACUCUUGGGCUGAAAAGGCGGAGAAUGACGGAAAGAAGGGCUCUUUACUUCGAGCAGAAUUAAAAUGCCGAGAAGCUUUGCAGGUCCUAGAGCUGGAAGGAUGGCAAAGAGCUUUGGAAGUCCUUAAGAUUGCAAAUGAGUCGCUGAAAAUAGUUCGGAAAGAAAACGAACGCAGUGAAUUCUUCAAGCUUACGCGGAGCUCUUACCUCUUUGUCAAGGGUGAAGUAUAUUACAGAGCAGGGAAUAUGGCAAAGGCACUAAGGAUGUUGCAUCGAUCUCUGAAGAUAAUGAAGGAUAUCCUACACAGUCACACCAGCACCACCAGAUGCCUAAACGCCAUCGGCAAUUGCCACAACAAGUUGGACCAACUAGAUGAGGCGAUAAAGUACUAUACCAGUGCUUAUGAAAUGAGGAAGGCGCUCUCUGGUUCAAUGAAUCACUUUGACGUGCCAGUUUUCAAAGGUCAAAUCGGUACAGUCUAUGAAGGAAAAGGUCGAAUCUAUCGAAAAGAGCGACAGUACGACGAAGCAAGCAAGCAAUUUCACAAGGCCAUCGAAUGCUAUCAAGAGGCCUUAGAGCUCGCUAAGGAACUUAAAAUCCCAGGAAUGUUAAACACAGCAUUAUUUAACAGAAACAUUGCCAACACGUACGCGUGGCUAAGAGAGUUCGAGGAAGCCUACCAACCUGCAAAGAACGCGUACGAGAUUAGGAAAGGCAUUCUUGGAAAUCAUCCUUACACUGUUCGAAGUGCUUUCCAAAUGGCGGACAUUUGUCGAAGUUUAGAGUACUGUGAUGAAGCGAAAGAGUUCUACGAAGAAGCCUGGGAAAUUGAAAAAUCUCUGGGACAAGGAAACCACAGUGAAGUGAUGGUCAAAAUCAUCGAAGGUUACGAAACGUUGCUUACAGGCUCGAGGAAGGAAGAAUUUCAAAAGGAAACGUUUGAGUUUUAUCAACGUUACUGGAACGAAGAAAGAGAAUUCGAAGGAUUUGAAUUUUCUUUGGCCAACAGGACAGUCAUUGAUUCAAUUAACGAACGGCUUGGUGACUUGGCUGAUGGGCAGACGCAGAAAAAAUACCAACGAGAAGCUCUUUGGUUCUACGAGGGGGCAUGGAAUUCUCCAGACACCAAAAAGCUACCGGAUCGUCACAGAGAUGAUAUUUUGCAAAACCUUUUGCUAUUUUGUAAAAUACUUUUUGAGAAGGAUUUGCUCAUAAAGUACGAAGCCGAUGCAUUAAGAUUUUACGAAAUGCUGUGGAAAAAGAACAAGGCCAAGAUAGACAAGCAAGACAGAAUAGAAAUUCUCGUAAAACUUCAAAACUUCGCGUCAUCACUUAAGGACGAGAAGAAGACGAAGAAGUACAGGAUUUUGUUAAAGAAAGAUGUUUCUACCCAUAGUCAAUUUUGAUCUUUGGGACAUCACAAGGCUCAAACAGACACACGUCAUAUUUGAGAUAUUUAUUUUUCCACUGCGUCUUUGUCUCUGCCAUUUACCAGCAGGAAACCAGAGGGAGUUCUUUCCUCGUGGGAUUCUUACAAACUUAUCUCUCAACUGGAUCAGCAGGUAUUUUAUAGCAACAA